GUGGAAAUUCUCGUAGGGUUUAAGCGGCGGCGAGGAGCCAGUCCUGCGCCAUCGCGGCCUCCUCGGCUCGGCUCCUCCCGUCCUCCGUCUUCUCAACAGGUUGACUGGCUGAGGCAAAGCUUCCAGCAUGGCGGGCUGGAUCAGCGAUAGCGAUGACGAAGAGAAGUUGGAGUCGGAUGGUGACGGCAAGGACCGAGCUGGCUCGCCAGCGCCAUCGAGGAACCAGCUAGGUGCUACCGGCCCAUCCACGCUGGUAAGGCAGGGUAAUGGGAAGAUCAAUGGGGCAGGGCCAUCUGCCUCUUUGGUGGAGCACUUUGUAGGGAUAGGUCUCAUUAAGGAGAAUGGGGAUGGUGGCGCAGAGUCGUUACUAGAGCUUCUUCUGACCUACAAGGCGAUAAGCAAUGAACCUUCAGUGGAUAAAUGCUCUGCUUCUGUUCUUUCAAAAAGAAACUCUUCUGGUCCUGGACCUCGGACUGUUGACAAAAACGAUGGCAUUCUUGCAAAUUGUGAUGCCGAGGGUGCUGGUAGGAGUAGCAACAGGGAUCUUACUUCCGAUGAUUCCGGUGAUGAGGAUUUCCUACAAGGCAUAUCACAAAAGGAUGAGAAAAUUGAGUCCCUAGUGAGAAUGGGCUUUCCUAAAGAUGAAGCAGAAAUGGCUGUUGUUAGAUGUGGGCAGGAUGCACCUAUGUCUGUUCUGGUUGAUUUAAUCUAUAAUUCAGAAGCUUCAGAAGAUGGUUGCUAUGGCAAUUUCUCUGACCAUGAGGAUAAUUCUUAUGGAGGAAGAAAGGAAAAGAGGAAGAGAUUUGAAGGUGCAGAAGAAGGAAGUAGAGGGCCCUUAGAUAGUAGCAGUUACGAACCAAUGCCUCUCCCAAACCCAAUGGUUGGGUUUAACCUGCCAAAUCAGAGGUUAAGAUCAGUGGACAGGUGUCUACCCUCAAAGGCUAUUGGGCCGCCCUUCUUCUACUAUGAGAACGUGGCCAUUGCUCCAAAGGGUGUAUGGACGACGAUAUCACGGUUCUUGUAUGACAUCCAACCUGAGUUUGUGGAUUCCAGGUUCUUAUGUGCGGCUGCCAGGAAAAGAGGUUACAUACAUAACCUGCCAAUUACAAAUAGGUCACCUCUCCUUCCCUUACCCACAAAGACAAUAUUUGAGGCCUUCCCCCGUACUAAAAAGUGGUGGCCGACAUGGGACCCAAGAAAACAGCUCAAUUGCCUCCUCACCAAUGUGGCUAAACCAAAGUUGAUGGAACAGAUUCACCAUGCUCUUGCAAAAUGUGAGGAUCCACCACCUCGACGUGUUCAGAAGUAUGUCUUGGAAACCUGCAGGGAGGGGAACCUGGUAUGGGUUGGUCUGAACAAGGUUGCUCAUCUGGAGCCUAAUGAGAUGGAAUUCCUGCUUGGUUUUCCCAAGGACCACACCAGGGGAAUCAGCAUGACUGAGAGAUACAAGUCUUUGGGCAAUUCAUUCCAUGUUGACACCGUUGCAUACCAUCUCUCGGUACUUCGGGACAUGUUUCCACAUGGCAUGAAUGUCCUUUCCUUGUUCUCUGGCAUAGGAGGAGCCGAGGUAGCUCUCCACAGGCUUGGCAUACACAUGAAGACGGUCGUUUCGGUAGAGAUAUCUGAGGUGAACAGGUUCGUCUUGAGGAGUUGGUGGGAUCAAACCCAAACGGGCACUCUGAUUGAGAUUGCUGAUGUUCAGAGCCUGACUUCCGAGAGGCUCGAGUCAUUCAUCAGUAGGAUUGGUGGUUUUGACCUGGUGAUUGGGGGCAGCCCCUGCAACAAUCUUGCCGGGCGCAAUCGUUCCAGCCGUGAUGGCUUGGAGGGCGAGCAAUCUUCCCUCUUCUACCAUUAUUCUAGGAUUUUGGACACUGUGAAGUCCAUUAUGGGUAGAAAGUAGAAGACUAUUGCAGUCUACCAUAGAACUGAACUGAUAUGCAUUGGAGCAAUGACUACCCUAGCUCCUGAUUUCAUGGGUGCAACUGGUUCAGCAACCGGUAUGACCAUCAUAUGGUCUUUUUAGUUUCUUUGGUAUAUGAUCAUGCUAUGGCUAAAUCUUCGUGCUAGUCACUACACCGAUUGUUUUGAUCGGCCGUGCUUCAGUUUCUGUACUCCUUGAUUUCAAUUUAUUAGAGCCAUGCCCUGUGUGACUGGCAGUACGCUAUU